GCUGCCACCUGUAAACCUCUCUAUCUCUCUCCACACCUAUAUAUAAACCCUUUGCACCUCACAUCAAGAUUAAUCCUUUUACAUCGACUCAUCUUCUUUCAUAAUCAUGGGGAUUUCGAUCAAGUUGAAGCAUCCUUUUAAAUUACCAGGUUGGCCGUUGGGGUUUCUCUUAUAUGUGCAUGCGAUAUUUUCUUUCUUUUGCAGGUAUGUGUAGAAAACAGCGUGAAAGUAACUUGGCUAACAAGCUAAAUGUGAAUGAAGAGUACAAGGAAGCUUUUCGAACACAAUCUUAUGCUGAAAUCUGCAGUAAAAUUCAGGACCACAUAGAAUUAAAAAGCUUGGACAACAAAUCAACUUCUUCUUCUUGUUCAUCCUCUGCCAUUCCUCAAUUUGUUCAUUUCUCCGAAAAUCUGCUAGAGCCUCGAUCACAUAAUUUAGAUGACAUAACCAAAGGCUAUGAUCUUCACCCUCUCCUCAUUGAUUACUUCAAAGUAACCGCGGAAUCGUGUCAUUUAUGUGAGCUUCUUCUGCAUAGCAUCCAUCAAGCGAGGGCUAAUCAUGAUAUAAUUGCAAGAGUGAUCAUGCUUAGCAAAAGGGAAGGAGAAGAUCAUGAUCAGUAUUGCAGAGCUAUUAUUCGAGAGCUUGCUUCAUUUGCAUUGAAGAGGAAUCCUUUGUCAAGCCUUAGCUCGCUUCAGUUCCGGGAUAAUCAAGAUAGCAGGAACAUUCUGCUUCACAGGCUUAUGCUGCAAUGUCAGAAAAUCACAAGGAGGAUUAAAAUGAGAAACUUUUUCAAGAAAAUUGUAGGCUGUUCGAUUGUUGUUGCUUACACAGCACUAACAAUUGCUCUUUUAGUUCUCGCGUUUCAUGCCAUGAUUGGAAUUGUAGCUACUCCAGCUUUGCUGACAUGGUUUCUAGCAUCUGAUACUGUGAACAAGAGGAUUAGAGCGAUUAUGAAUGAAAAAUCAGAGGUUUUGUUCAAGAGAAAUUCGGCUGAGAGGGUCCUGGCACAGCUUGAUAUCGCGGCAAAAGGGGUGUUUAUACUGAUCAAUGAUUUCAACACAAUGAGCCAGCUGGUUAGGAAGCUAAAUGAUGAGAUUGAGCACAGAAAGGCCAUUGCUAACAUGUGUGUUAGGAAUGGUAAGAUUGAGUUGCUGAAAAAGGUUGUGAGGGAGUUUCGAGUCGAAGAAAAAGGCUUCUUGGAGCAUCUGCAAGAGCUUGAAGAACAUAUCUACCUGUGCUUUCUCACUAUCAAUAGAUCAAGAAGAUUAGUGGUAGAAGAGCUGAUGCAUGGUUCUACAAUCAAACUGUAAAUAACUUACUUAGAGAAUUUUACCUUAGUGGUUGUUUUGCUACUGUAAAAAGUAUUGAAGUCUUGUUCAAUUCUUUGGAUUAUACUAGAUACUGUAAAAAGUAUAGGCAUUCUUUUUAUUCCGAAAUUUGUCUACUGGA